AAAGACGUCAGCUGCGAUUCAAAUUUUACCGCUCGUCCUGUGCAGAGCGAAUCGAUAGUUGUUUAUAUUGAUAGGUGAUAUAUUUUUAAUAAUAUUAUUGACGGUGGUAAUACGGUCCAACGAUGACUUGUCGAAAGAGUGAAGCUCUGGCGUUCUCUCUUGUGACUGAGAUCAAUCAUGCGAUGGCCAGGCUUGUGGACAUAUGGGACAGCAUCGGCAUCAUGGAGGACCAAAGAGUGGAGAGAAUGCAAACUGUAAAAAAGCAUAUAGAUGGCCUUUUGCAUUCCAUGAUCAUGGAGGAAGAGGCUUUAAGACAUCGAAUCAAAACCGAUAUUAUCACCUUCCAGAAGCAACUGGACACGCUGUGCCUCGAACUGACUCUUGAACCGUUCAAACUGGAGGAAAAGCUUACAGUUCUCCAGAUGGAGAAGAAUCUGCGCUGGCACGUCGAGUCUCUUCAGAAAGAGAAGAAUGAGCGUUUAAGAGAGAUGAACGAUUUGAAGAAGCAGGACGAGGAGUUGUGCGUGACUUUGUGUGCUGAUCCAUAUUACAUCCCUACAGGAAGUGUGCCCUCUCAAACACAGCUGCAGGAGCUCAAGGAACACGUCGAGAGACUCAACAAAGAAAAAGAGAGCAGGGUGAAAGUGUUUUCUGGGCUCAGGGAGGACAUCAGGAAUCUGAUGGAUGAGUUGGGACAUGAACCAGAGAGCAGUCUGGAGCGGGAGUCUAUCUGCCCUGAUGCUGACAUUUUUCUGCUCACGCAUGACAAUAUCAAAGCCUUGAAACUGCUGCUCAGCCAGCUUGAAAUGAAGAAGGAAUCCUUGAUUUCGGCACGAGACAAUCUCAAGGAACGAGCCAUGAGCCUGUGGAAUCGUCUGAGCUGUCCCGAGUCGGAAGCCAAGGUGUUUAAGGAGCCAGCCAUGAGCACUCUAUCUGAUGACAUCAGACGGUGGCAGAGGUUUGUGGAGCAUCUGGAGGAGCUGCAGAAGGCUCAGCUGGAGGAGGUGAUCAAUAAGGUCCGACAAGAGAUUGUUGUUCUCUGGGACAAGUGCAUGUUUGGGCCUGACCAGAGAGAAGCAUUUGAUAUUCACUUUUGUGAUGAUCAAUACAACACAGAGCUGCUGGCCCUCCAUGACUCUGAGCUGCAUAGAAUGAAGAUUUUCUAUGAGGAAGCACAGCCCAUACUGGAGGACCUGGAGAAAUGGAAGCGGAACUGGGCUCUCUUUCAAGAGUUUGAGAGAAAGGCUGCAGAUCCCAGUCGCUUCAGUAACAGAGGAGGCUCUCUGCUCAGAGAGACUAAGGAGAGGGUCAAAGUGCAGAAACUGCUCCCAAAGCUGGAAGAGGAGUUGAAAGGCCGUGUGGAAGAUUGGGAGAUAGUAAAGGGUUUAUCCUUUCUUGUGUAUGGUCAAAGAAUCAUGGAUUACAUCUCCAGCCAGUGGGAAGAGCAUCGCUUGCAGAAAGAUAAGGAGAAGAAUGAAAGGAUGUCCAAGAAAACAGAAACCCCUCAGUUUAAAACUCCAACAAAGAGAGCCCACGGAGCAACAUGUGCCGCCACCCCAACCCCUAACAAAAUCAGAAAGACGCCCAGUCAGCUGGCUCCUCGCUCUGCCACUGUGAGCAGCAUCAGCAGCGCCAGCAGCAGCGGCUCCUCCACCACCUUCUUGUGUGUGCCAGGAAGACCUCAACUCUCUGCCAAGAGGACCAAGACCACUGAGACCAGUUCUGGCCCACGUCUGCCGCUGCAGGAUUUCAACAGUGACAAGAAACCAGUUCAGAUGAGCUACUCUGAUUUUACCAGUGAGCUCUACAGGAAAGCAAACGGCGAUGCGGUUCUCAAUUCCACCGUUAAAGACGUGCUCUGAUUGGAUGGGGAAAUUGUUUACCUUUUUUGUUUUUUUUAAAUAAAAUGCAUUUAGGUCAAUCAAGCCAGAAUUGAGAAUGUACAGGAUUCAAUUCUCAAGUGUUUUUCUUAUUGAAAUUUCAUAUGCAGUUUUUGUUGUUUUUAAAAAAGGCACAAUUAUUUAUAUAUAUUUUUACAAUAAAAU